GCGCGAGCGAGGAGGCGAGCUUCGGGCCUUCGGCGUCUGGCGAAUGGGAUUUUUAAAUCCCCCAAUGCUUCUGCAUCCUCCGAUUGGCAAUCGACGGGCGAGGCAAUCCUUGCCUGGAACGCAGCGGAGUCCACGUUCAGUGUCUCCCCCGAUUAGGCAUCGGAGACAAUGCGGCGUGACGCGAUGUGAUGUGGGCAUGGAUUCCUAGAACUCCACGAGAGUAGCGACCGCGCACUCCCGUUCCCGGUGACCGAGUGCUCUGAUUUAGUACAAGGCAGGCAACGAGCUGAAGCAAUUCCAUCCAAGUUUCUGAAUGGUCAUUUUUUAGUAUGUUGAUGCGAUGAAGUUUCUUAUCCAAACAUCAAGAGCAUUCUACCAUGGGCUGUUGCUUCUGCCUUUACUCUCAUUUGGUUCUGCUACAGAGCUUGAGUUUCCCCUCUGUGAUUGCGAUGGUGACAGACUGUGGAGCAUUGAGGGAAUCCGAAACUGCCAGAAAGCGAGCGACUUGUUGAUUGCAGCUGCAUAUUUCUCCAUUCCACUUGAACUAUUGUACUUUGUUACAUGCUCAAAGCUGUUCCCCUUCAAAUGGAUCCUUUUUCAGUUCAGCGCAUUCAUAGUUCUUUGCGGAAUGACCCACUUGCUCAAUGUGUUCACAUACAAGCCCCAUUCCUUCCUCUUAGUGUUGGCUCUCACCAUUUCCAAAUUCCUCACAGCACUUGUCUCCUUCUUGACUGCAAUAACCCUCUUGACUUUGAUCCCUCAGCUUCUAAAAGUCAAAUUGAGGGAGAAUUUUCUGAGGCUAAAAGCUCAUGAACUGGACCAGAAAGUAGGGCUGAUGAAAAGGCAGGAAGAAGUGAGCUGGCACGUGCGAAUGCUUACUCAAGAAAUCCGAAAAUCACUAGAUAGGCACACCAUUUUGUACACUACCCUGGUUGAACUCUCAAAGACUCUACAGCUGCAAAAUUGUGCUGUGUGGAUGCCAAAUGAGAGUAAGUUGGAGAUGGUUCUUACUCACGAGCUGAAUAGGAGCUCUUCUGACUUUUGUAUAUGUUCGAUUCCUAUGCACGAUCCAGAUGUGUUUGAAGUCGAGAAGUAUGAUGGAGUCAAGAUACUGAAGCCUGAUUCUACACUAGGUUCUGCAAGCAGCGGCGCAGCUGGUGAAUCAGGGGUUGUUGCUGCAAUUAGGAUGCCUAUGUUGAAAGUUUCUAAUUUUGAAGGUGGAACACCUGAGGUUUUUCAAGCACACUAUGCUAUAUUGGUUUUGGUUCUCCCUAAGAAUGAUACUAGAAUUUGGAGCCACCAUGAGCUAGAGCUGAUUGAAGUUGUUUCUGAUCAGGUUGCUGUUGCCCUGUCCCAUGCUGCAGUUUUAGAGGAAUCACAUGUGAUCAGAGACAAAUUGGUAGAGCAAAACAAGGCUUUGUUACAGGCAAAGCAAAAUGUAAUGAUGGCAAGCCAGGCAUGGAACUUAUUCCAGAAGGUCAUGAGCCAAGGAAUCAGGAGGCCUAUCCAUUCGAUCGUGGGUCUCCUGUCACUCAUGCAACAAGCAAAUUUGUCUCUUGAACAGAGGCUGACAGUGAAUGCUAUGGCAAAAACGGGUAAUGUGGUUUCCACUUUGAUCAAUGAUGUCAUGGUGAUUAACAGGGAACACUUUACAUUGGAAAUGAAGCCAUUCCAGCUACAGUCACUGAUCAAGGAAACUGCUUGUGUUGCUAGGUGUCUUUGUGAUAGUAGGGGAUUUGGUUUUGAAUUUCUGGCUGAGAAUAUGGUGCUUGGUCAGGCUAUUGGUGACGAGAGGCGGAUUCUUCAUGUUUUGUUGCAUAUAAUUGAUGGUUUGCUGAAUGAAUUCAAUGGUGGAUGUUUGACUUUUUGUGUAAGGAGUGAUUCAGAACUAGCAGAUUGGGAAGAUGCAAGAGGGAUUUGGAAAUCAAGAGUACCAAAUGUGUAUACCUUCCUGAAGUUUGAGAUUACAAUCACACAAUCAUUUGGCCUGUAUUCAAACACAUUAGUUCAGUUCAACAGAAAGCCUUGCAGGGAGGGGUUUAACACGGGUUUCAGCUUCAGCAUGUGUAAAAAAAUUGUGCAGCUGAUGCAAGGAGAAAUCUUCAUAGUUCCGAGUUCGGAUGGGCUACAGGAAUGUGUAACAUUGAUUCUCCGCUUACAGAAGCAACUUUCCAUGCUAAUUUCUGAAUCAGGAGGUUCUUCAGAGAGUCAUCAUUCAUAUUCCUCUCUUUUAGAAGGCCUCAAAGUUUUAAUUGUUGAUGACAGUGCUAUCAAUAGAGUUGUAACGCAAAAGCUUCUGAAGAAGCUUGGCUGCUGUGCCUUUUCUGUAUCAUCUGGUACUGAAUGCCUGAUCUAUCUCGAUUCCUUUGACCAACAAUUGCAGCUGGUUAUUUUGGACCUCAGCAUGCCAAAUAUGAAUGGUUAUGAAGUUGCCAUGAAAAUUCGGAGUUCAAGAGAUGGGUGUUGGCCUUUGAUUAUUGCUUUCACAGCAAGUACUGAUGAUCAUGUUUGGACGAAAUGCAUGCAGUCAGGGAUGAACGGUCUGAUCCGGAAACCUGUUCUUCUACCAGAACUAGAGAAGGAGAUCCUGAGAGUGUUUGAAAUAAACUUGCCAGGUAUUUCAGCAAUUUAUUUUAUCAGCCUCACUUCUUGUCCACUAACUGAGGUUUAUCCAAGAUGAUGCUUCAAUCAUUCGACAAAACUUACAUCACCCUGGCUCAUUAUAGGUGGGAAAAAAACUGAGAAGCAAACUCGAUCGAUUGAGAGUGGGGCAAAGAACGGCAUGGAUUCUUCAUCGAAAAAUGAAAGAUUUUGUCAAGCUUUAACAUGUGGUGCUGUCUAAAGGUAAUGUAGUUUGUAGAGAAAAUUGCUAGUAUUCGUUGACUAAUAAACCAAUUCCUUUUAUAGGGGAAUCAACACAUAUAGAUCCAAAGGGGUGGUAGUAAAAAACCUCUCUUGGUGUCAAAAAAUUUGGAAAGUCCUUUUCUAUACUAUUUCUUAAAGAGUAAUUUUGGUUGUUAAAA